AUGGUGGCCACCAGCACUGGGCCACCACCGCGGCAUGAUGACCUCAAGGAGAUGCUCGAUAGCAAUAAGGAUUCACUCAAGCUGGAGGCCAUGAAGAGGAUUGUGGCGAUGAUCGCCCGGGGUAAAAACGCCUCUGACCUCUUCCCAGCCGUGGUGAAAAACGUUGCCUGCAAGAACAUUGAGGUGAAGAAGCUGGUGUACGUCUAUCUGGUGCGCUACGCAGAGGAGCAGCAGGAUCUGGCCCUGCUCUCCAUCUCCACCUUCCAGCGAGGUCUCAAGGAUCCCAACCAGCUGAUCCGUGCCAGCGCACUGCGGGUCCUCUCCAGCAUCCGCGUGCCGAUCAUCGUGCCCAUCAUGAUGUUGGCCAUCAAGGAGGCUGCCUCAGACAUGUCCCCAUAUGUGCGCAAGACGGCUGCCCAUGCCAUCCCCAAGCUGUACAGCCUCGAUUCCGACCAGAAGGACCAGCUCAUUGAAGUGAUCGAGAAACUGCUGGCGGACAAGACCACGCUGGUGGCCGGCAGCGUGGUGAUGGCAUUUGAGGAGGUCUGCCCGGAGCGCAUCGACCUCAUCCACAAGAACUACCGCAAGCUCUGCAACCUGCUCAUUGAUGUGGAGGAGUGGGGGCAGGUGGUCAUCAUCAACAUGCUGACCCGCUACGCACGGACCCAGUUCCUCAGCCCCAACCAGAACGAGUCCCUGCUGGAGGAGAGCACCGAGAAGGCUUUCUAUGGCUCUGAGGAGGAGGACACCAAGGACACCAAGGCGGAGGCAGCCUCGUUGGCCAAACGCAAGCCGUAUGUCAUGGACCCUGACCACCGCCUGCUCCUGCGCAACACCAAGCCCCUGCUGCAGAGCCGCAACGCCGCGGUGGUGAUGGCCGUGGCACAGCUCUACUUCCACCUGGCACCCAAGGCAGAGGUUGGCGUCAUUGCCAAGGCGCUGGUGCGGCUUCUGCGGAGUCACAGCGAGGUGCAGUACGUUGUACUGCAGAACGUGGCCACCAUGUCCAUCAAACGGCGGGGGAUGUUUGAGCCCUACCUGAAGAGCUUCUACAUCCGCUCCACAGACCCCACGCAGAUCAAGAUCCUCAAGCUGGAGGUCCUCACCAACCUGGCCAACGAGACCAACAUCUCCACCAUCCUGCGGGAGUUCCAGACCUACAUCCGCAGCAUGGACAAGGACUUUGUGGCCGCCACCAUCCAAGCCAUCGGGCGCUGUGCCACGAAUAUCGGGAAGGUGCGGGACACCUGCCUCAAUGGCCUGGUCCAGCUCCUCUCCAACCGGGAUGAGCUGGUGGUGGCCGAAUCCGUGGUGGUCAUCAAAAAGCUGCUGCAGAUGCAGCCAGCCCAGCACAGCGAGAUCAUCAAGCACAUGGCCAAGCUCACCGAUAACAUCCAGGUGCCAAUGGCGCGGGCCAGCAUCUUGUGGCUCAUCGGCGAGUACUGCGAGCACGUGCCCAAGAUCGCACCUGACGUGCUGCGCAAGAUGGCCAAGUCCUUCACCAAUGAGGAGGACAUCGUCAAGCUGCAGGUCAUCAACCUGGCAGCUAAGCUGUACCUGACCAACUCCAAGCAGAGCAAGCUGCUGACCCAGUACAUCCUCAACUUGGCCAAGUACGACCAGAAUUAUGACAUCCGUGACCGGGCUCGCUUCAUCCGCCAGCUCAUUGUGCCCACUGAGAAGAGUGGGGCACUCAACAAGUACGCCAAGAAGCUCUUCCUGGCCCAAAAACCUGCUCCCAUCUUGGAGUCCUCCUUCAAAGAUCGAGAUCAUUUCCAGCUGGGUUCCCUGUCCCACCUGCUCAACGCUAAGGCUGUGGGCUACCAGGAGCUGCCCGACUGGCCAGACGAGGCCCCUGACCCCUCUGUGAGGAACGUGGAGGUUCCUGAGUGGACAAAGUGCACCAGCCGGGAGAAGAGGAAGGAGAAGGUGGAGAAACCCUUCUACUCUGACUCGGAGGGCGAGUCGGGGCCCACAGAGUCGGCGGACAGUGAGCGGGAGUCUGUCAGCGAGGAGAGCAGCAGCAGCAGCAGCUCCGGCAGCUCCAGCUCUGGCAGUGAGGAGGAGGAGGAGGAAGAGGAGGAGGAAGGCAGCGGGGAGCAGUCAGAGGACAAGGAGGAGGAGCAGAAGAGGUCGAAGAGGAAGGAGAAGGAAGGCUCCCGGAAGGCGGGCAGUGAGGAAGAGGAGGAGGAAGAGGGGGCAAAGAAGGAAAAGAAGGCGGUGGCACCUCAGGGGAGGAAGGGCCAUGCCGAGACCUCAUCAGAGGAGGCCAGCGCCUCCGAGAGCAGCUCCUCGGGCUCCGACUCGGGCUCCGAGGCUGUGCCUCCAGGGUUGUCCCCAUUCACCCCCCCUCCUCCCCAGCCCGUCCCCUCCAGCAGCAUCAUCUCCAGCAGCCUUGUGACCGACCUGGAGGGCCUCACGCUCACCGACACCUCCCUGGCACCCGCCCUGCUGAGCCCAGCAUUCGGCGCGGGGGUCAUAGACAGUCCCGAGGAAUUAUUUGAUGUCGUGGGAGAGAGAAAUGGGAAUGAACGGGAAUUCAAAGUCUGGAUUACCAUAAGGCCAGAAAAACACAUACCUAUAGCCUUCACCCCCCCUCCUCCCCAGCCCGUCCCCUCCAGCAGCAUCAUCUCCAGCAGCCUUGUGACCGACCUGGAGGGCCUCACGCUCACCGACACCUCCCUGGCACCCGCCGUAAGUGUCCCCCCAGCGUCCUUCCCGCUGCUGCCCCGCAUGGCGGGCGAGGGGCUCUCAGUCGAGUACUGCUUCAGCCGCCGGCCCUUCCUGGGGGACCCCCACAUGCUGGCCAUCCAGAUCCAGAUCUCCAACAACACCGACGCCGAGGUGAAGAGCCUGCGGGUCAGCGAACCCAAGCUGCUCUCCGGCAUGCGGAUCCAGGAGUUCCCCGAGAUCGAGCACCUGGCACCAGGGGACACAGCCAGCGUGGUGAUGGGCAUUGACUUCUGUGACUCCACCCAGGCGGCCAACUUCCAGCUGUGCACCCACACGCGCCACUUCUACGUCUCUAUCCAGCCGCCCGUGGGGGAGCUCAUGGCCCCGGUCUUCAUGAGCGAGAAUGAGUUCAAGAAAGAGCAGGGGAAGCUGACGGGCAUGAGCGAGAUCACGGAGAAGCUGACGCUGACCGAGAAAUGCCAGAGCGACCACGCCAUCGUCCAGCAAGUGACCUCGGCUGCAAACGUGGGCCGCGUGCCCUGCGGUGCCGACAAUGAGUACAGGUUCGCGGCCAAGACGGUGACCAGCGGGAGCCUGGUGCUCAUCACCCUGGAGCGACGGGAGGGCACCGCAGCCCAGCUGACCGUCAACAGCGAGAAGAUGGUUAUCGGCACCAUGCUGGUGAAAGACAUCGUCCAGGCCCUGGCGCAGUGA